CAAUAACCACCAGAAGUUGACGCCGAUCUGUUGGACCAAGUACGACUGAUCGAUCCAUGGCGGGCGAGGUGGUGGUGCCGACACUGCAUGAAGAGGGCGGCAAGUCACCUCCUCUAAAGAAAGCAAAGGGCGACGUCACCCUUCCGUCAUCACACCAGGAAUCUCGGCUAAGCUACCAGUUGUCGCUGGCAGUAUACAUUGUGGACACAAUGAUCUCGACGAAAAAAGGGCAAACCAUCGGAUUGCUUUUGUUCUGGGUGUUCUUGGACAUGCUCUUGAUCCCGUACGAAGCCUUUGCAUACCAAGCCCAAGGUAUCGCGCUGCCACGGUGCAUCUACGAAGCCGUCAUGGACACGUUGGACCCUAAGAGCGACGACGACGGCCAAGGCACCAUGUCAUUUCUAUGGACCCUUCGCAGUCUCAGUGUGAUGGUGUGCCUUGUGUGCACGAUGUAUGUGAAUGUCAUUUUCGGCGUGAUUGUGGACGGCAUUGUGUCGAAAAUGGAGACCCUCAAAGAAGGCAAAGGCGCAGUGGUCGAGACCAACCAUACCCUCAUGUUGGGCUGGAACGAUAACUCGCUGUCGUUCAUUCGGGAAAUCUGCGCGGCCAACGAAAGCGAGGGCGGGGGGGUGAUCGUCGUGCUGAGUAUGCGGGAUAAAGUCGACCUGGAGGCUGAAAUCUACCACGUGAUCACCGACUGGAAAGGCACGCGGCUCGUGUGUUGCUGUGGCAACCCGCUGCUGACCACCGACUUGCUCCGAGUGUCCGCCCCGCAGGCACGUAGCAUCACCAUCAUGUCGAGCGACGAGCAGGCCGAUGUAUCGGACGCCGCGCUCUUGCGGACGCUUUUGGUCAUCAAAAGCAUGCACGGGUUACAAGGGCAUGUGGUGGCCGACGUCGGCGACGUGGACAACAAUACGCUGCUGCAGGUCGUCGCGGGGGACAUAUUAGAGACGGUGGACUCACACAACAUCAUUGGGCGGCUCGUGAUCAUGUGCUCUCGGUCGCCGCACUUGUCGGACGUGUACAACGCCGUGCUUGGGUUUGACGGCAACGAAUUCUACUUCAAAGCGUGGCCCGAUCUCGUCGGAUUGCCGUUUGGCCAGCUCGCCAGUCGAUUCGACCACGCCAUUCCCAUUGGUAUCAAAACAGCCGCCGGAAAAGUCUGGAUACGGCCGUACUUUGCCCGAGUCAUCGAACCUGGCGACGAGAUCAUUGUGCUGGCCGAAGACGACAAUACGUACACCGCCGCGACCGAGCCGGUGGACUCGACGCCCGUGUCCGCCAUGACCAAGCGGCCGCUGCCGACCCCCCCGAAGCGCAUUCUCUUGUGUGGGUGGCACCGGGACAUUCGCGAUAUUCUGCGGCUUUUGAACCAUCUGAGCGUUCCAAACACAGAGGUCGACCUGGUGAACGAAGUGCCCGAGGACAUUCGCAUUGACCGACUGCGCAACGACGGCCUGGACGUCCGAUCGCUGGAGAACCUGAACGUUCGACAUGUCGAAGCCAACGUGGCCAUCCGAAGGCAAGCGCAGCACCUUCGAGUGCCACAAUACGACUGCAUUCUCGUCAUGAGCGACAGCAGUAACCAAGGGCUCGCCAGUGACUCGUUGGUACUGGCGUCUGUUGUGAUGCUUCGCGCGAUUGAAGUCGCCCAGCGGUCUCACAAAAGUCUAGCCGAUCUCUCAGAUGCGUCGGCGUCGCUCCAAUCCGGCCGACACGUGCACUGCGUCAGUGAAAUUUUAGACCCCCGCACAGAAAUGACCAUCAAUUCCAGCCACACGAUCCGGUGUUCGUCCGAUUAUGUCAUGUCCAACGACUUGGUUAGUCGGAUGCUGGCCAUGGUCUCGGAGAACCGCAACGUGAAUGCCAUUCUGGACGAGUUACUCGGGGACAAAGGGUCCACAUUUGACGUGCUGCCGGCAUCUCGGUAUUGCGAAAUGAACGAGCGGCUGAGCUUUUGGCAACUGGCUAAACGCGCGAGCACCAUGUAUGAAGAAGUGCUGUGUGGCUAUGUGAAUUCGAAACAGCCGGGCUCGCCCGUGGUGCUCAACCCUACCGACAAGGCACUUGUGAGGACAUGGGGCGACUAUAGCAUGAUUGUGAUCCGAGAAGCAAUGAGCAAAUCCAAGCUGAGCCGGUUCCAGUCGCAUCGGCUGAUGGUCAAAGUGCUACGAGCGUUUCGAUCGGUGAGCAACUUGGUUACUCGGCCGACCACCAGCGAAUUGAUGUCGCGGCCGCAAGGGAGGGGUCCGCCGCGGGGGUUUGUGUCGGAUGGUCUGGAUCUAGGCGCGGGGGUGACCAACGUCAACGAAACAGACAGCGACGACGAGAAUCACGAGGAUGAAACGCGCCUGCCAAGGCUCAUGUCCCCGGCUGCCAACGGUCGCAAGCCGUCGAUCGGCCUGAGACAGUGCUCCACCAGCGACUCGCUCAUGGAUGAAGUCGUACGCGACCGCCUGACAGUGAAAAUGCAGCGGAAUUCGUUCAACUCGAGCGGGUACCAUCUGCGAGUGGAAGCGGAAAAGCUGGCGAAACUGCCCCCUUCGAAAGUCAACUACCGACGCCUGUCGUCGUCGGAAAAGGACAACACGGCGGUCCAGCCGUUUCUGGAAGAGUCCCCCAGUAGCCCUCAUGUCCACCUCCCCCACAACCACUACCCUCUUCGAAAUCUGCACCACGAACUGGCUGCUAUCGACCACCUCGUCGCCACCUUGCGUGUAUUUAAAACGUAAUAUCCCUUGUCGAUUACGAUAUUGGUACUAUCGAACGACGGCUAUUGUUGUCAGGCUCUACCAGUGAUUAAUAUACAUAGAGCGAGC